AUGGUAUCGCCCUCGCCGCCCACCUGUGACACCAUCAGCGGGCUCUAUGCGGACCAGAUGGCGGCUGCUACUCGAGAUCGCUGUUAUAUCGACUCGACUCCCGCCGCGCUGCAGGCUGUUCCGAUGAGAAAGAGGAGCGCAAAUGAGUGGGCUUCCACACCACCCUUUCCAACACCGGCGCUCACCACAAGCUCUCUGUCGUCGUCUUCCUUGUUCGGAGAGCAUUCGCCGGUGCUUGAUGUCGCAUUCGGCGGGCAGCUGAUGCAGAGGUGCAACGAUCUUGCGAGCCCGCCUGGCAUGCAGGCCUCGAGAAGCUUCGACGAGAGACCUUCAUACGCUCCACCUAUGAAGCAGCCGAGUGGUAGCUUCGACCCGAACGCGCCCAGUGUUCACCACGGAGACGUCAUUCAUCUCGCCAGGUCAUUUGCUGGGCUCAACAUGUCUGAUCGGCAGAGAUAUCCGGACUACUCGCAGACGCCUUCGUUCGUCGAGCCUCAGCCUCCUGCUCCUCUGCUCAUUCCGAUGCAGCCAACUGGCGCUGGAGUGCCCCUCACUUCCGUGGUGGAGACGCUCGCUUCAAAGGGAUCAAAGGCUGCAGCCGAAGAUCCAGAGACGGUGGCGGCAGCUUACAAACUCAGCCAGUGGGGAAUCGGAAUCGGUCCGGGCAUCAAUCCUAAAGUGGCAUCAAGUCGCGGCGGUAAUAGCGGUAGGGGCCGCAUGCCUGCAAGCGAACCACCAAUCGUCAAUACGGGAAACUCGGGCCCCAUGUGCGUCCAGCCCGGAGACUGGAUCUGCACCAGCUGCGGUUUUGUGAACUGGCGCCGCCGCGAGGUAUGCAUGCGCUGUUUCCCUCAUGCGGACGGCAACGAAAUUGGUCGUGGCAUCCAGGGAGGCGAGAUGCUAGCCAAAAGGCUCGCCGCUGGCCUGGACCCGGACACGGAGGAAUACAGGCAGUCUGUGCAAGCCCUGUGCCCCGACAAGGUCAAGCGGGGCAUGGACACCCAGCCUCAAAGGCAAAUGCCAUACAAUGUAGCCCGUACCACACUCGCCACUGGACUGGGUGGGGACCUUUCGUCCUAUCGGCCAUCUACUCAGUCGUUCGCGCAAGACGUGGGUGCCGACGCUUCCAACUAUCUCGGCAUCCAUCUAGGUCCUCAAUCCCAACACGACUGGCGACAACCGAUCAACUAUCCUGGUCGUCACGUCGAGCUUCGAUCUGCGGACUAUUACAGCCAGCUACGCGGUAUGCCUGCGUCGUAUGACGUUCAAGCUGCGUCCCAAUCAAGCUGCACGAUGCCUGAUGUCAACAGAGCCGGAGACGGUCCCUACAAACCGUACUGGCCGGACAUCGGCGUUGGCAAUGGCUCGCGCACGAUGUCCUCGACCUCAAGCUUUGCAGCGCUUCCCGAGAAGACUUUUGGACCGACUUCGCCGCGUUCGUCGCAUUCGCAAGAGCGCUCGUCUGCGCGAGCCACGCUCGUUCGUGCUUCGACGAUGCCUGAUUGGCAAGAGCCGAUGGACCAGGAACGCUAUCCGACGCCGGCUCAGCAAAGGCGCAGUCCGCACGGCUUGACCGCCAUGACGUGGGCUCAGGCCUCUCCCGAAUCGACACCGCCACUGCCCAAGGAAAUUUGGGCGCCUGCUCCGAAGCGACCGACGCUGGUGCCCAUGGAGCCCGAGGACAUGGCUCGCGAGAAGCGCGCCAAGCCGCAGCCGAUCGGAACGCGCUCAGCACAGCGCGCCACCAGCACGCCGAGGGAGGAUGGCUCCAGCGCGCCUGGAAGCCAUGCAUCUUUGGAAACCGCUUGA